CAUACCCAAAAAGUCUAAAACCAAAAAUAAAUCAUUCCAAAUUUAGUUGUCCCACAUUUGAACCAAAAACAAAACACUCCAUUAUUAUCAAUAUUAUUAUUAUUACUAUUAUCAUUUCCAUUGUUUCGGUUCAAAAAAAUCUUGGUUUUAAUUUUGUAUCAUCAGAUGGUGUCUUCAGAGAAAAAGCUAGCAAAUGUUAUCGGUGGCAAGACGGCGAGGGCAUGUGAUAGUUGCAUAAGAAAGCGCGCUCGGUGGUAUUGUGCUGCCGAUGACGCGUUCUUAUGCCAGUUUUGUGACACAUUGGUUCAUUCGGCGAACCCUUUAGCUCGUGGUCACGAAAGGGUUCGCCUAAAUAUAUCUUCUCUAAACGUUUCUUCGUUAGAGAUCCAAACACCAACAUGGCAACGAGGUAUCACUAAGAAAUCUCGAACCCCUCGUGGCAAAAAUAAUAACAAACAUGCAUCUCAUGGCAGUCCAAAAUCACAAAAAAGUUGUAUGAAGUUGAAUACACUUCACAUAGUCCCGGAGAGUGAAAGUGAUGAAUUGACCAUCCUAGAUUCGGAUGAACGACUUCCCUAUGAUCGGGUACCAGAGUAUGAUCCUUUUUCGGGCGAGCUUUCUUUUUCAAUGGAAUUUCACGAUAUGGCAGCGGUUUCCACCGAACAUGCAGGGACUCACUACAACAAAUUACCCAAUUUGACCAGUCCAGCAAAAACAAAAUAUGAUGAAUCUGAAGAUUCAUAUCACUUGAAUAGUUUGAUACUUCCGUCGGAUUUGGAGCUAGCUGAAUUUGCUGCUGAUGUUGAAAGCUUAUUAGGAAAUAAUAAUCUUGAUGAAGAAGAGUCUUUUCAUAUGGAAGCACUAGGAAUGUUGGAUUGUAGAUUAAACGAUUCAUUGAAGGUGGAAGAAGAGGUCCAAUUGAGUUUGGAUUAUGAUCAUUCACCGGUUGUUUGUGAGGAUGAAGAGAGGAAGGUGGAUGGAAUGGACAUCAUUCACAUUGGGGUGGUGGUGAAAAGUGAAGAUGAAAAAUGCGAAGUAGUUUGUGAUGAACAUGCUAAUAUUCAUGACACUUUAAGCAAUAAAGAUUUGAAAAUGUUAAAGCUAGAUUAUGAAGGGGUUAUCGCUUCUUGGGAUGAUGAUAGAUCUCCAUGGACUACGGGUGACAGGCCAGAGUUGGACCCCGAUGAUUGUUGUCUCGACUGCCUGGGUGAAUGUGGAAAAGUGCAACAUUAUCGUUGUGGAGAGACCGGGGUGAUGAUGGGGAACCCGAGUAGGGUAGAUGGAGGACGAGAAGCAAGAGUAUCAAGAUACCGUGAGAAAAGAAGAACAAGGUUGUUCUCGAAGAAAAUAAGGUAUCAAGUAAGAAAAGUGAAUGCAGAAAAGAGGCCGAGAAUGAAAGGAAGAUUUGUUAAGAGGACAAGUUUUGCCGUAUAGUAUUAGGUCACUCUUAUUCAGAAUUUUAUUACCAAUUCCUAUCUAUAAAUUUUUCAAUUAUGAGUUGAAAUAAAAGAGAGAUGUUUCUUAA